AUGUCAUCAGACAUCCCUGAUUCUGACAGGAAAUUAUCAUAUGACUGUUUGAAAUGUGUAACUCAAAAAUUCGAAGCGAAUUUCAGAUUCCGACUUGCCGAGGGUCUUCCAAAAAUUCAAUGGGCCGAUAAAGCCGUUCCUCUUUUUAUCUCCAAACUCACGAUUUGUGAAGAAGGCCACAAAUUGAACGACACCGAUUACCGACUUGGUGUCAUUUGCCAUACUUGCAAUGGUUAUGCUCCCAAAACAAUCAUAUGCGGAAAUCAAUAUGGUCAUCUAAGAGAUAUCGAUAGGUUUCGAUUUGAGAAGCGUUUAUUUCCGGAGUUUACACCUGGAGAUAUUUUUGUUCAAGAUUUCAAUCCACAAAGGGGUGUGGACGAUGAUCUUGAGCUUGCGAUUACGGAAGCAUCAUUCAUGAUGGAACAUGACAGACUUACUGCUUUAGAAAAAUUGUGCGACAGCUGGGAUGUCAAUUAUAUUGCACUAUGUCGUGAAAUACAGAAUAAGAAAAUUGUGAUAUCUUUGGGCCAACAGAUGCAGCCAGAGCAGUAUGGAGUACUUGUUCAGAACUUGAUCGACGCAAAGGGGACACUUGGGACAUACUAUGACAUCACUCAACCGGGUGAAAAGGAAACGAGGAUAGGGAUGAGAGUUAUUUCAAACCGUUACGAUAACGCUGUUAUGGGGGAGAGACUCGUCAUCAUUCCACUUUCUCACCAACUGCAACUUAAUGUUUCCUGUGAACCAUAUCUAAUGAAUCCGAGACAUCAUUUGAGGACCAUGAAAAUUGAAGUGGUUCAAAUCCAGGCGAACUAG